AGGUUACUUAACGCUGUGCUUCUCUUACUUUUUUAAUCUCUUAGUAUCUCUCCCUUCCUCGCUCUCGUCUCACUGAGAUCAUUCAUCUUGCCUGUUUGUGAGUCUUGCUUUAUCUCUCGUUCCCUCCCUGCUCUCGUCUCACUGAGAUUAUACAUCCUGCCUGUCUGUGAGUCUCCUGCUUAAUUUCUUUAUAUCUCUCAUCCCCUCCCUCAUGCUCUCACCUCACUGAGAUAAUAUCCUGGCUCAGUGAUUCUCUUAUUCUUUUAUUAUCUCUUAGUAUCUCCCUCCCCACGUCUCUCUCCCUCAGACUCCCGUCAUCCAGGGACCUACAGAGGCAGAUCUUACAGGCAGUGGGUUGGUGAGGGCUUAUCGAGGUAACUUCUCCAGCCACACCAGCAGCGUGGAGACCUGCAGGCGCGUCCUCCUCCUGCUGCUCAGACGGGAGGGACCUUAGUGCAGGAGGUGGUGGAGGCUGGGGCUGGGAGAGAGAUGAACGGGCACAAACCGGGAGGUGGAGCCUGGCCAGGGGUGUGCUCGUGGUGUCUCUCUCUCCUGGUUCUUGCUGUCUCUACACAAGCACAACUCGACCAUGAGAAUUCUACUUUAGGAGUUUAUCUGGAGCCUAGCAUGCUACAGGGCCUUAAGACGCAGACGGAGGAACUGAUCCAGGAGGCGGUGAAGGAGGGCUCUGCAGCUAUGACACGCGGCUCCCUGACUGUACAGUUCCUGUCAUCCAUGAACGAGAACAUCACUCUGCCUGACGAGAUGACAGCGGUGCUCACCCUGGCAUCCUGCAGCAAUACACGCGCCUGGGCACCCAGCCUCGCGAAGAUGGGCAAGCUCCACAUAGCAAUUACUGGGUCUGGGUGCUCGAGGAUCGCCUUUUCUUCGGCCAUCACCGUGCCUCUGACCAGCGGGUCCAAGGACGUGGUGCAGGUCUUCAGGGACCUCAGGGACAAGAAUACUCUGAUCUGGACUGAUAUCAUCUUCAUCCACGACAACACUAUAGACCAGUUCGAGGUUAAUGACAUGGUGAACCUGCUGACGCAGGGCAGCGACCAAACUGCUGACACCUCCAUCACCAUCAUCAGUGUGGAUAACACUGAAGCCUCCUCCAUGAAACUUGGGAAGCUGUUCUCUGCGCUGGGUCCCAGACCAGGGAGUCCCAAGACCAAACAGUUCCUGGUCAUCGUCUCCAAGGACGAGGUCAACACAAUUCAAGACCUGGGACGCAGUAUGAAACUCAUGGGGUCCAAAAACCAGUGGCUGUUUGUGGUUCCUGACAGUCAUUCACUCAAGUACGACAUGUACGGCUACCUGGUUAAUAUGAAGGACGGGGACAACAUAGCCUUCGUGUACAACAUGUCGGACCUCAAUCCUACCACGCCAUGCAACGAUGGCUUCCAGUGCUACAUGAAGCUCUUGAUCACCCAGUAUGCUGUAGAGCUCUCCUCUGCGCUAUCUAAAGAGCUUGAACUCUACUACCAGGUGUCCGAGGAGGAGUGGACGGAGGUGAAGCCUUCCCCAGCCUCCAGAGCUUCCACCAUCAUCACAGCCAUCAAGGACAAGCAAGAGGAGGUGCAGAACUGUUCGAGGUGCACCCACUGGGGCGUGCAGGCCGCCGAGACCAGGGACACACACAGGUUUGAGCUGCUCAACGUGGCUGACUGGCAACCUCUCACUGGCCUCGCCCUCUACGAUGACCUCUUCCCCCACAUAACCGGAGGCUUCAGAGGACGCACUAUCCCCGUCACCUCCGUCGAGUACCCUCCCUGGCAGAUAUUCGUCACUGACAGCAAAGGUGGAGUGAUAGGGUACGAAGGACUUAUCUUCGAGGUGCUCAACCAACUUGCUGUUAAACUUAACUUCUCGUACGUGGUGCUGGUGCCUCCGGAUAAACAAUGGGGAGUGAUGGGUAACACGGGUAACUGGAACGGCAUGAUAAAGAUGAUCAUGGAUAAUGAGGUGCUGCUGGGUGCGGCAUCGUUCACAGUGUCAGAUCAGAGGAUGAAGGCUGUCAACUUCACUGCCACAAUAGACAGACAACCCUACGCCUUCCUUAUCUCACGUCCUAAGGAGCUCUCUCGAGUACUUCUCUUCAUGGAGCCCUUCGCUAAUGAUACGUGGAUCUUGCUAGUCAUCUCCAUAGUCAUCAUGGGUCCCAUUCUCUUCCUCAUCAACCGCUACUCUCCCUAUUACUCCUACUACGGUCUCUACAACGGCAGGGGCCUCUUCCAGCUCCAUAAUUGCUUCUGGUAUGUCUACAGCGCCGUACUGCAGCAGGGGUGUGACUGGGAUCCCCUGAGUGACUCCGGGCGUAUAGUUGUGGGCACUUGGUGGAUCUUCGUGCUCCUGGUGGUCACCCUCUACUCUGGUAACCUGGUGGCCUACCUUACCUUCCCCAAGGUGGAGAACCCUGUUAAUACCCUCGAUGACCUCCUCAAUCUGCGUCACUCAGUCACCUGGGGGUACUUCCGGGGGACUGUUCUCGAAAACUACUUCCAGGAAGCGACAGGUAAAUUCGCCGAGAUCGGCAGGUAUGCAGAGAAGCACGACGAAAGCAAGCGACAACAACUCUACGACCGCAUCCGUCACACGGAUCACGCUCUUCUCGGUUGGAAGACCAACCUUCUCUUUGUCAUCAGGGACGAGUUUAAAGCUACCAACAGCUGUGAUUUUUCCUUAGGGAAGGAGGAAUUUUACGAAGAGAACGUGGCCCUGGCUGUACCAAAGGACAGUCCCUACCUAGACCAGUUCAACGCUGAGUUGAAACUGAUGCAGGUCGGGGGGUUGAUCCAGAAGUGGAAGCAGGACUACUGGCCUCGGAAGGACCGAUGUACCGUGACGGCCCAGGGUGGUGGGGAGGACGCUACUAGGACCGUCUCUCUGGCUGAUAUGCAGGGCUCCUUCGUCCUCCUCCUCCUUGGGUUCCUGCUGGCUGCCAUCUUCAUCGUGAUAGAAUGCGUCUUCAAAGUCUGGCGGGAGAAACAUCCGAAAGGUUCGCGCCUCGUUUCGGGAGCACCUGUCAAACCAUUCAUGCCUUAAAAGACUUUAAAGUUUCUGCAAAUCAGGGUGUCCUACACACCUGCCCUGCCGCAUCCUUUCAGCCACUCUCUGAACUCACCCACCAUGCUACUCUAGUUCCAGGCACCCUCAUUACCUACACCACUUUUGACACUCUCCACCUUCACGACUGUUCAUCACUUUCACAUCUCACAACCCUGAAAUAUGAGGUGCUAUCAAAUUUCACACCUAUAUCUGUGGUCCAAGACCGGUACUCGGCAUGAUACCUCACACUCACUAUUUCCCAAAGGUGAUCAUCUGCACCAGUGGCAAGUUCGUGACUCAAGUGGUAGCGCCUUCAGAUGACAUCUGAAGGACUUGGGUUCGAUCCCAGCACAAGUAAAAACGUUGGACAUGUUUCCAUACACCUGUUGCCUCUGUGUACCUACUAGUAAAUAAGUAGUUUAGUGUUGGCCGCGUCCAGGGAAAGAGGAUCAAAGGACCGCAGUGGAAACAAGCAAGACUUGAUGACGUUUUGGGGUUACUAACCCAUCAUGUGAAUAAUCCUAAUUAAAUUUCCCUCUUAGAACCCCGCCUGCGCUGGUUAGGUUAGAUAAUAUUCUUCAGAAAAUAGGACAAGUGGUUUCCUGAUGCGAGCCUUUGUCAUAUGAUGACUCGCCACUGGAGCUUUUUGUCAUCUGACCGAGGCUUUCCGCUGGCUUACCGGUCCGCCCCUUUAAAAAUUCAUUUGAUUUCGACCUGCUUUGGUGACCUUCCUCAAAUAUAAGACCGCUCCACAUGAACCCC